AACAGGCCCAAUCCAACCCACUAAGUCUAAACCGUCAUUUUAUAUAUAGAUAGCAUUGGACAAGCAGAAAACCCUAGGAAAUAAACCUAGUGAUCACGGCAGUUCCAGAACAGUUUUUGUAUCAUGUCGGAGGAAGAAAUACGUAAGGCUUAUGUGGUUGUUGAUGAUGAUCAUGAUGACGAUUGUGUGAUUCUAAAUGUUUCAUGGAAAAAACCACUUGGAUUUGAUGAUGAUUGUGUUGUUCUAACUGCUAAACCAAAAAAGCAAGUUAAAGGUGUCAAGGAUUCUCUAACUGAGUCUGAUGAUGACUUGCUUGUACUUGGCGACAAGGGAAAGUUGUCUUCACUUUCCGUGCUAAUGAAUCGGAGUUCAAGAAAAGCUGUAUCACGUCCCCUCUCAGCAAAGACAUUAAGGUCAGAUGUGUCGCGCCUGCUUUCAAAAACUCUCGCACAUCAAAAUCAGACCUUAAUGAAGAAUUUAGCCACUGCAUUUGCCACACAAAAUAAUGCCCCUGCAUUUGCCAUGAAAAAUAAUACCUCUGCAUUUGCGAACGCCCCUGCAUUUGCCAUGAAAAACAAUGCCUCUGCAUUUGCUAACGCCCCUGCGUUUGCCAUGCAAAAUAAUGGCUCUGCAUUUGCUAACACCCCUCCAUUCGCUAUGCAAAAUUAUUCCCCUGCAUUUUCCAUGCAAUAUAAUGCCCCUGCAUUUGCCAUGCAAUAUAAUGCCCCUGCAUUUAACUCAUUGCUCACACAACCAAACUAUAGUCCUGCAUUUGCAGCUCAACUACCAAACUAUAGCCCGGCGUUUGCAGCCCAACAAGCGUUUGCUGCCCAGCAAGCAAACUAUAGUCCUGCAUUUGCAGCCCAACAAGCAAACUAUAGCCCAGCGUUUGCAGCUCAACAAGCGUUUGCUGCCCAGCAAGCAAACUAUAGUCCUGCAUUUGCAGCCCAACAAGCAAACUAUAGCCCGGCGUUUGCAGCUCAACAAGCAAACUAUAGCCCGGCAUUUGCAGCUCAACUACGUUACAAUGCAAAGAAGUCCAAGACUCCAUCUACUAGAAGCAGUAAAAUCCGGGGUAACGCAGAGAAGUCUAGGGCUCCAUCUACUAGAAGUAGUAAUACUCGGGGUAAUGCAAAGAAGUCUAGGACUCCCCAUCUACUAGAAGGAGUAACCUCUGAUUUGAUGAUGUCAAACGCUGGCUUCCCGAGUUCGGUUAAUGUCGAUGUUGCGUUGUGAUGUGAAAAGUAUAUAUCAUCACCUACGUGGUUAACUAUUAGUAAUUUUUGUCUGUUUGAUUUCAAUUCUGUAAUUUGAUACACAAACAAUUUCCAGUAUUAUUUAUCUUUUACUACAACAAU